AUGGGUAGAGUUGUAACGCUCAAAGAGGAGGCUCCUCUCUCUCUGGUGGUUGAGAAAAUCAAGCAGUCUUUGGGCCUUGACCAUGUUCAAGUUGCACCAGCAGCUGGCAGCUCCUCGGACCCUAAGAUCAAAACCAUUGCGAUUUGUGCGGGCUCGGGAGGCUCUGUAUUUAGGGGUGUUGACGCUGACCUCUUCUAUACUGGAGAGCUUUCACACCACGAAGCAUUGUACUUUGUUGAAACUGGCGCUUCUGUAGUCGCGUGCAACCAUUCCAAUACCGAGAGAGCAUUUUUGAAGGUUCUUAGAGAGCAAUUACUUUCUGAGCUCCCAGACGCUGAGAUCGAUAUUUCGACCUGUGACCAUGACCCAUACCAAACUUGGUAG